AUGUUACCCAAUGACUACAGAAAUAACAUGAACCAUCGUUCGUCAUUUUCAUCUGCUAGAACAACAUCAACUUCUACCACAUUAACUUCUGCUCAUAUCUUGGAUCAAAAUCAAGCUGAAAUUUUUGAUGGUGCAACUUCUCAAACGGUGCCUAGCUCGAUGCUAUCAUUUCAUCAUCCACAUUCAUUCCAGUCUAAUUCAGCUUUUGGUACAUAUAAUCAACAGAGUGGUAACAACAACGAAUCAAUAAGAGGAAGGAGAACUACCGAAGCAGAUAAUCUACUUGACGAUGCAGACAAUAGGAGCUCUUUUAAUUAUAGUCAAGAAAACAGAUUACAUAAUGAAAAUUAUUCAAAAACACCUUCUAAAAGUAGAGAACAGAUAUCCAAUUUUAAGUUUUUUUCUGAGGAACAAGUGGGUAACGCAGAAGGAUCUUCCACUUUACAAAAUCUAGAUUAUAAUAUCGAAUGGGAUAUGGUACCAGUAUAUGAACAAAAUGUUAUAAGAAACUCAAGAUUGAACUCCAGAAGAUCAUCUUUUCAGAGAAGCCAUAUGCAUUCUAGAAGAGGUUCUGCAGAAUCAUCUACUUCAGAUAUAGUCCACAAUCAAGGUAAUUAUGGCUCAUUUGUAGAAAAUCAAUUACACAACAAACUAGACAAUAUAUCGGGCGGCGCCCACAAGAACCACUUACUAGAUACUGAACAGACUAGAGCGUAUGAAGCGGGCCUCUCCACAAGAGAACAGGAGGUACCACAAAUGUAUCAUGCCUUUACCAAUUCAUCAUCAGACACUUCGAAAUAUACCACUCGAGAUAGAAUACCAUACGAAUUGCAAAACGAGUCUGAAGAGGGAUUAGAUAAUAGAUCUUCUAGUAAUUCAAUAGGAAUCCCUUCCGAUUCCUCACUUUUGAGUGAUAACGAUUUUGAAAAUGCCAACCAAGUUGAAGAAAGUGGUUACAGUGAUUAUCAGAACAAAAAGCAAAAUCUACAGCAUGCAGAAUACUUAAAACCUCAAUAUCAUGAAAAGUUUUACUCUGAUUACCCACCUAUUAAUAAGUUCCAAAGAUUCUAUAUUGCGGAAGAGGAUCUGGUGAUUGGUAUUGCAGGUUACAAAACAUCAAAACCUUUUUAUUUGUUAUACAUUGCAUUAUGCUGGCUAACUUUUGGCAUGACAUAUUUAUUAAUGAGAUGGAUCCCGAGUUACAAAGUGAGCUUUUUUGGUAUACCUACAGAAUUAGCUAAAUCCGAAUGGGUGGUGGUAGAAAGUGAGUUAGGUGAUUUGUCAAUAAUUGAAAUACAGCGUGCAUGGUAUAAUAGACUGCUAACGACAAUAUUACAUGUCCCACAAGAGGUGUAUUAUGAUACUGUCGGUGAGGCAACCGAUGACUUUAACUUUUACCAUGCCUGUAAAGCAAAUCCCAAUAUUCCCAUUCUAAUAUCUUUUAACUACAGGUAUAUCUCAUUCAUAUAUUCACCUGUUAAUGAUUUUUUCAAAACUAACAAUAAUUGGACAGAUCCAAAAUGGUUAGAAAUUGACCACAUUAAGAAAGGGUUAUCAAAUGCUACACAAGAGGAUAGAAUAAUCGCAUUUGGAAAAAAUCAAAUUAAUUUGUCAAUGAAAAGUACAAUUCAAAUAUUAUUUGAUGAAACUUUACAUCCGUUUUAUGUUUUUCAAAUUUUCUCCAUCUUACUUUGGUCCAUUGAUGAAUAUUAUUAUUACGCAUUUUGCAUCUUUUUAAUAUCAUUAAUUUCGAUAAUAGAUAGCUUGAUGGAAACUAAAAAAACUUCCAGAAGAUUGGCUGAACUAUCUGCAUUCAAUUGUGAUGUCCGUGUUUUGAGAGGAGGAUUCUGGACGAAUGUUAAAUCUUUUGAAUUGGUGCCUGGUGAUAUAUUUGAAAUAUCUGACCCAUCUUUAGCAUUAUGUCCAUGUGAUGCAAUCUUAUUAAGUGGUAAUUGUAUAAUUAAUGAAUCAAUGUUAACAGGAGAAUCUGUUCCCGUUUCCAAAGUACAAGCAACAAAGGAAACCAUAAUUCAAUUACUAAAUGAUAUGAUCAAUUCACAGAUAAGUAAUUUUGUAUCGAAAUCAUUCUUAUUCAACGGGACAAAAAUAAUCAGAGCGAAAGUGACGCCGGGAGAAAAUGCUGCUCUAGCAAUGGUUGUUCGUACUGGAUUUUCGACAGUUAAGGGUUCACUUGUACGUUCAAUGGUUUUUCCUAGACCUAUUGGAUUUAAAUUUUAUACUGAUUCAUUCAAAUAUAUUGGCUUUAUGACAAUUAUAGCUUUAUUUGGCUUUUUAAUUAGUUGUAUUCAAUUUUUACGAAUAAAUUUGGACAAAAAGACUAUGAUAUUAAGAGCGCUGGAUAUUAUAACUAUAGUGGUGCCGCCUGCACUUCCUGCUACUUUGACUAUUGGUAUAAGCUUUGCUCUCAGUAGAUUAAAGAAAAAUGGUAUAUUCUGUAUUUCACCAACAAGAGUAAAUGUUGCCGGAAAAUUGGAUGUCAUGUGUUUUGACAAAACAGGUACAUUAACAGAAGAUCAGUUGGAUGUAUUAGGUGUUCAUAUUUCAUUACCAUCAGAGACUGAGAAUAUGUUAUCGCCUUUAAUUGAAAAUGGCUAUGAUAUCUUUACUAACUUUUCAUUGAAGGACUGUAAUUCUCCAUCAGAUUCUAGAAGUCGUGACUUCUUGAUUUCUCUUUUAACAUGUCAUUCUUUGAGGCAUGCUGAUGGUGAGUUAAUCGGAGAUCCUUUAGAUUAUAAGAUGUUUAAGUUUACUGGCUGGUUAUUCGAAGAAGAUUUCAAAAAUAAGACUUUUCAUUCAUCAUAUGAAGAAAGAUAUGAAGGUGAAUUAUUUCCAGAAAACACUGGUAUAAUUCCUGCUGUAGUUUAUCCUAACAGCAAAGACCCAAAAAACAAAUUUAUAGAGCAUGAUUCCAAUAAUUUCAUCGGAAUAUUAAGAAGCUUCGAAUUUAUGCCGGAACUGCGUAGAAUGAGUGUGAUCGUAAAGCCAAGUAAUGAAAACUUGUAUUGGUCUUUCACCAAAGGUGCCCCAGAAGUUAUUUUAGAAUUAUGCAAUAAGAAUACAAUUCCAUCUAAUUUUGAUGAAAUUUUGUACCACUAUACACAUAAUGGAUUUAGAGUGAUAGCUUGUGCUGGUAAAAUGUUACCAAAAAGAACUUGGUUAUAUUCACAGCGUGUUGCAAGGGAAACGGUUGAGUCAAAUUUAGAAUUUUUGGGUUUUGUAAUUUUUGAAAAUAAACUCAAACCUGCAUCACAACCCACACUAGCAACGCUUCAAGAUGCGAACAUCAGAACAUUAAUGUGUACAGGUGAUAAUAUUUUAACUGCUGUCUGUAUGGGUAGGGAAUCUGGACUGGUUCAAACUUCGAGAAUAUAUGUUCCAUCUCUAUGCACCACCGAUUACGAUGGAGGUCAAAUAAUUGUUUGGAAUGAUAUUGAUAAUCCUGAACAUGAGUUAGACGUAAAUACAUUGAAGCCACUUGAUGACUGCAAAGACUAUUCACUUGGUGUCAGUGGUGAAGUUUUUAGAAUUGUAUUUCGUAAUGAGAAUAAUAUCAUGAUUAUAGAUGAAGAGUAUAAAAACGAAAUAUUGUUAAAAGCAUCUAUAUAUGCGAGAAUGUCACCUGAUGAGAAGCAUGAAUUAAUGGAGCAAUUGCAAAAAUUAGAUUAUUGUGUUGGAUUUUGUGGAGAUGGUGCCAAUGACUGUGGUGCUCUAAAAGCUGCGGAUGUAGGUAUAUCAUUAUCCGAAGCAGAAGCGUCGGUUGCAGCUCCUUUUACUUCGCAAGUAUUCGAUAUCAGUUGCGUACUCGAUAUUAUCAAAGAAGGACGAGCCUCAUUAGUAACUUCUUUCUCAUGUUUUCAAUAUAUGAGCUUAUAUUCUGCUAUUCAAUUUAUCACUAUCACUAUUCUAUACAGUCGUGGUUCAAAUUUAGGUGAUUUUCAAUUUUUAUAUAUUGACCUAUUUUUGAUAGUACCGUUAGCCAUCUUUAUGUCAUGGUCAAAACCAUACGACCGUUUAGAUAAAAAGAGACCUUCUGCAAAUCUAGUCUCCCCUAAAAUCUUGUGGCCAUUAGUUAUCAGUAUAACAAUAUCACUGUUCUUCCAGCUCAUCCCAUGGAUUUAUGUGAAAAACCAACCAUGGUACAUCAAACCAACUAUUGGAGGAGACGAUGUUGUUCAGUCUUCCGACAACACUGUACUAUUUUUUGUUUCAAACUUCCAAUAUGUCAUUGCAGCACUUGUAUUAUCAGUAGGUCCACCAUAUCGGGAACCCAUGUCAAAGAACAUUGGAUUUAUAUUAGAUGCAUCAGUGUCAAUUUGGAUUAGUGUGGUAUUAAUGAUGAUAAACACGGACUCAUAUUUGGGUAAGCUAUUACAAUUAACCAAGAUUUCAUCAAAAUUCAAAAUAUUGAUAUUGCUACUAGUGACAGCAAAUUACUUUGUACAAUUAUAUUUGCCUAACUAUGUGAAGCAAAUCUUUAAGAAGAAACAAAGCAAUAAGAAAUAUAAAAAUAUCUUAAGAUCCCAGCAGUGUGUCGAGACCGUAUAA